CGUACCAGAGCCGCACUUUUCAGUUCAUUCUCCUCCUGUCAUUCCUCCUACUAUCUUUGAUCGUUGUCCCGCCGGGCACAGCCUAAACCCUCACUCACCACGUCUUUUCAGCAUCUUUUUCUCCUCCCAAACACGUCAGAGGAGCUGAACUCCCGUGGAUUCUUGCAUUUGGGGUUUCUCGACAGCCGCACUUUUUCUGCAGGAUUGGGUUUUAUACUUUGAACUUACUCUUCUUCCCCUAGGUGACCAUGGCCAUACCGGCUGCUUUAAUCCCGCCAAUCCCUCUGGUCCAGCCACCUUCAAUCUCCACUCCUUCAACAACCACAUCCCCGCCGUCGACAACUUCGUCCCCGUCUCCAUCUAUGGCCCCCUCCGGCCAGAACCUGUUUCGCUCCGAGCUCAUCGCCAACAGUAGCCCCGGCAUCCCGACCCCGACCGGGACUCUGCCAAGCAAGCCAGUUUACUCUACCCCGUCGCCUGUUGAAAACACCCCGCAGAACAACGAGUGUAAAAUGGUCGAGUUGCGGGGGGCAAAGGUGGCGUCUUUUACCGUAGAUGGUUGCGAACUCAUCUGCCUGCCCCAGGCUUUUGAUCUGUUUCUGAAGCACCUGGUUGGAGGACUGCACACCGUGUAUACCAAGCUGAAGAGACUGGAGAUCACGCCGGUGGUGUGCAAUGUGGAGCAGGUCCGCAUCCUGCGAGGGCUGGGGGCCAUCCAGCCGGGAGUCAACCGCUGCAAACUCAUCUCCAGAAAAGAUUUUGAGACUUUGUACAACGAUUGUACCAAUGCGAGCUCCAGACCUGGCAGACCACCUAAGAGGACACAAAGCGUGACAUCAUCAGAGAACCCACACAUCAUGCCUCACUCUGUACCCGGCCUCAUGUCCCCCGGAACGUUCCCAUCCUCAGGCCUGACAGCGGCGGCGGCGGCAGCUGCCAACGCAGCCAUCGCAGAGGCCAUGAAGGUGAAGAAGAUCAAACUGGAGGUGAUGAGCGGCUACCACGCCAAUGCCAACCAGCAUGGGGCAGACGGUGAGAACGGAGACCUUAGCUCCAGCGUGGGUUUGGAACUGCCCUUCAUGAUGAUGCCCCACCCCCUGAUCCCAGUCAGCUUGCCCCCAGCUUCUGUCACAAUGGCAAUGAGCCAGAUGAACCACCUCAGUACCAUUGCCAACAUGGCUGCUGCAGCACAGCAACAGAGCCUGCCUUCCAGAAUGGUCACAUCAGUCAUCAAGGACCAGGAUUGGGAAACACUGUUAUAUUCCAACAUGGCCGAGGUAGCACAACAACAGAACCUGUUCUGCAGAAAAGUCAACUCAGUUAUCAAGGAGCGUGUCCCAGAGAGUCCCUCCCCAGCCCCUUCUUUAGAGGAUGGCAGGAGGCCUGGCAGCCACCCGUCCUCUCACCGAAGCAGCAGUGUCUCCAGCUCGCCGGCCCACACAGAGAGCUCCUCAGACAGGAUACGUACGUCCCCCUAUUCCCUCCCCAUGCAACGAGUCAGACUGGCUAACUGCGUGUUCAGUUCCGCAACCAUACAUCAGAAUGGUCUGUCUAUGAACCAAAUGAACCAAGCUCUGCUGGGUCUUUCUCCAAGCAUUCUACCUGGGCCUAAGGAAGGAGACCUAGCCCACGACAUGACCCAUGAAGCCAAGAGGAUGCACAUUGACAAAGAAAUCGAGACUCAUCAGACCAGGCAACAUUCUUCCAGUCUUCAACUGUCCAAUUUUGAUGACAAUCCAAUGUGUACCCCGACAGCGAGAGACAGCUAUGAGCGGUUGUCGUUGGCGGGACAGGGUCUACCACCUGGCUUCCCCUCGCCAUUCCUGUUUCCAGACGGCCUGUCAUCUAUAGAGACACUCCUUACUAACAUACAGGGCCUGCUAAAGGUGGCGAUUGACAACGCACGGGCCCAGGAGAAGCAAGUGCAACUGGAGAAGACAGAGCUAAAGAUGGAGCUGUUUAGGGAAAGAGAGCUUCGGGAGACCCUGGAGAAACAGCUCGCUAUCGAACAGAAGAACAGAGCAAUAAUCCAGAAGCGUUUAAAGAAGGAGAAGAAGGCUAAGAGGAAACUUCAGGAGGUUCUGGAGUACGAGUCUAAGAGGAGGGAACAAGCUGAGCAGUCCCUCAAACAUCCCUCACCCUCAGAAAGCAUGCGCUCACUCAAUGACUCGCUGACCCCAGAGAUGGAGAGUGACCGCAGCACUGGAAGAACAGAUGCUGAGAGGACAAUACAAGAUGGGAGACUGUUCUUGAAAACCACAGUGAUGUAUUGAUAAGAAGAUGAUGAAGAAGGCUAAAGGAAAAUAAAUCCCAUGAAGACUCUGACGAGCCAUUAACGAGGCGGAUUUAGUAGCAGAAACAAAUCAUGCUGCAUUUAGCAGUUCAAUGGAAGUGUGUUUGUCCAAACGCUGGAGAAGGGUUGUGUCUGAAUGUAGAAUUAGAACUCUUUUUCUCACAGAUAUCAACAUUUCAUAGUCACUAAAUCAGGUUUUGAUGCAUUGAGGUUGGUUGUUUUCAAAGGAUAAAAAAAUGUGAGCACAGUAAAACGUUACCAAGGGUACACUGUAGGUAAUAUCUCAAAUAACUUCCCAGCACUGAAGAUUUUUUAUACUAUAUUUCAACCUGUGAGAAAGCUUUGAACAUGGUCAGACUCAGAGGUAUU